UCUGUUGUCUGAAUAAUAACAGAGCUGGUUUGGCGCUGACUUUCACUAGGGUCGUGUGCAGACCAGCAGUGGCAUCGUCUGUAAAGCAACGGCAUUUUGGUUCCUUACCCCGGUAAACCUUCAGGGGUUUUUCUUUGCAUUCAUUUGUUCAGUCUUCUGCAAGUCUCUGGAAAAAAAAUCUAAUUCGUUUUAUAACCAACCCCAGAUGCGGCAGUGUGUGUGAGAGUGUGUGUGUGUGUGUGUGUGUUCGCCAGUGCUUGAGAGAAAGGGUUCUUGCUGCAAGGGCUAAAGGAGAACGAAGAAACAAACGGUUUGGAUUUUUUCAAUUCCAUUUUUUGGGGGGUGAUUUUUUAGGAAUGAACGCAGAUACGUGCGUUUCAUACUGUGAUAUGACAUCCAUGGAUUCAUAUUAUAACACGCCUUCGCCACACGGUAGGGAUCAACAACCAUCGGAUCCCUUCAGAAUAUUCCAACCGAGUGAAACCAAAUACAGCCCAACGUUCCUACCCAAAGGACAACAGGGUUACGAGGAGAAGUCUCGGAGUCCUUUCCAACAGGAGUGCCAGUCACUGGAUGACGGCACAGAGGAGGGCAACAACUUCAACAAAUACCACCUCUUCAUGCAACGACCGACCUGCAAAACACCCCCGGAAGGCGAAAAACUCCACCAGGAAAGCGGAGGACACAACGACGCGCUCAUCCCCUGCUAUGCCAAAGACAACGGCGGUCUAACCGAAUCUGAGCUGACCCCAAACACCGAGUCUCCCGGGAUGGAAGGUUCCUACCUGAACCUGAAGGAACCGGGGUUAGGGGUCAGAGGUCAGGGCUCCGACCACCUCUCCAGUCUCGUGGACAAAGGGAGCGAGGCAGCAGACAGCAACAAGGGAAAGAAGAGACGGAAUCGUACCACGUUCACCUCCUACCAGCUGGAGGAACUAGAGAAGGUGUUCCAGAAGACACACUAUCCCGACGUCUACGUUAGAGAACAACUGGCGUUGAGGACCGAUCUGACAGAGGCUAGAGUACAGGUGUGGUUCCAGAACCGGCGUGCUAAGUGGAGGAAGAGGGAGAGGUUUGGUCAGAUGCAGCAGGUCAGGACUCACUUCUCUACUGCCUACGAGCUACCCCUCCUCACCAGGCCAGAGAACUACACACAGAUCCAGAACCCAUCGUGGCUCGGUGUUGGCAGCGGUGUCUCUCCUGUACCUGGCUGUGUGGUGCCCUGUGACGGGUCAGUCACCUCCUGCAUGCCUCCCCACCCUCAUGGAGGGGUCUCCGACUACCUAGGCGUGCCCAGCCCGGGCGCAAUGGGGCAUGAGGGUCACAUGGGACAGACACACAUGGGAAGUCUCUUUGGGGCUGGAGGAAUGGGCGGAGGAAUGGGCGGAGGAAUGGGCGGAGGAAUGGGCGGAGUGGGUGGCGGUCUCAGCGGUUACGACCUGACCAGUGUCGACCCAGACAGAAAGUCUUCUAGUAUCGCGGCGCUGCGUAUGAAAGCUAAGGAACACAGCGCUGCCAUCUCCUGGAACACAUGAUGCUAUGGGAUUGUUCCUGGGUCUGGCCCCACCCUGGUCAGACACGCCCUAACCCUGCCUCCUCAUCCAUACUCUCCUGAACCUGGACAAGGCCAAGCCCAGUACUGGGAAGGAGGAAGAGGAGGAGCAGGACGAGGAGGAAGGUCAGGAUGGGACUAUGACUACGCCACCUGAUAGCACUAAUAAUACCAAAGCAGGUGAAAUGAAUGAACUACAACCCGAGACGACAGGAGAGACCAUCACAGGAAACGAUUCAGCAGCUUUAGAAUGAUAACAACGAUGAUGUCACCAUGACAAUCAGCAGGAGACGCUGAGAAAAGAAGACGCUAGACAGAGGGAGUGGUGCUACUUGAUCUCUCAGACCUCUGAAGGGGGAACGUGCCAUUUCCCCUGUGCCUCUUUAUUCUCUAUGCCAUCAACCCUGUCCCUCUUUAUUCUCUAUGCCAUCAACCCUGUCCCUCUUUAUUCUCUAUGCCAUCAACCCUGUCCCUCUUUAUUCUCUAUGCCAUCAACCCUGUCCCUCUUUAUUCUCUAUGCCAUCAACCCUGUGCCUCUAUUCUCUAUGCCAUCAACCCUGUCCCUCUUUAUUCUCUAUGCCAUCAACCCUGUGCCUCUUUAUUCUCUAUGCCAUCAACCCUGUGCCUCUUUAUUCGCUAUGCCAUCAACCCUGUCCCUCUUUAUUCUCUAUGCCAUCAACCCUGUGCCUCUUUAUUCUCUAUGCCAUCAACCCUGUCCCUCUUUAUUCUCUAUGCCAUCAACCCUGUGCCUCUUCAUUCUCUAUGCCAUCAACCCUGUCCCUCUUUAUUCUCUAUGCCCAUCAACCCUGUCCCUCUUUAUUCUCUAUGCCAUCAACCCUGUGC